AUGGGAAUUGAGCAGAUUGAAGGUGAACCUUUGGAAGGUGAACCUUUGGAAGGUGAACCUUUGGAAGGUGAACCUUUGGAAGGUGAACCUCUGGAAGGUAAACCACUGGAAGGUGAACCUCUGGAAGGUGAACCUCUGGAAGGUGAACCACUGGAAGGUAAACCUCUGGGAGGUGAACCUCUGGAAGGUGAACCUCUGGAAGGUGAACCUCUGGAAGGUGAACCACUGGAAGGUGAACCUCUGGAAGGUGAACCACUGGAAGGUGAACCUCUGGAAGGUGAACCACUGGAAGGUGAACCUCUGGAAGGUGAACCUCUGGAAGGUGAACCUCUGGGAGGUGAACCUCUGGAAGGUGAACCUCUGGAAGGUGAACCACUGGAAGGUGAACCUCUGGGAGGUGAACCUCUGGAAGGUGAACCUCUGGAAGGUGAACCUCUGGAAGGUGAACCCCUGGAAGGUGAACCUCUGGAAGGUGAACCUCUGGAAGGUGAACCUCUGGAAGGUGAACCUCUGGGAGGUGAACCUCUGGAAGAUGAACCUCUGGAAGGUGAACCUCUGGAAGGUGAACCCCUGGAAGGUGAACCUCUGGAAGGUGAACCUCUGGAAAGUGAACCCCUGGAAGGUGAACCUCUGGAAGGUGAACCUCUGGAAGGUGAACCUCUGGAAGGUGAACCCCUGGAAGGUGAACCUCUGGAAGGUGAACCCCUGGAAGGUGAACCUCUGGAAGGUGAACCUCUAGAAGGUAAACCACUGGAAGGUUUACUUCCACACCACCACCACCAACACUCCAGUUACAUUCCAGACACCACCUACACAUACCCACUUAACAUUCCUCCUCCACCUUCUUACAUUACUACUCGGAAAACUUACUCAAUACCUCAUUAG